UUUCGCUUUUCAAAAGAAAUCUCCAUGAAACCAAAUUCCAAACUUUUGUUGUAGCCUACUACCCUCUCAACCUCCUCCCUCCUCCCCCGCCUCGCUAUGCUUCCACCUGAACUCUUAUCAGCACGUUAAGGUGUGUAGGCCUACAUGUGUUGACUUCAGUUUCUCACAGAAUGAAGGAAUAGGAACUAGUCCUUGUCAUAAAAUAUAUUACACUGAAAUAAAGAAAAUAGCCUGCUACAUUUUUUUUCUCUUCUGAAUAUGGGAAUGCAUUUACGAAGACAUAGGCAGAAGGUUGGUGGAGGGCUGACACAGGUAGUGGGGUGCACGUGGACCAUGAGAGAUAGUGGCAGCAGCCCGGCACAGAAUCGCUGGCAGAGUGAACAGGCUCUGGCUGGGGACCAGGAAGGCAGUGGAAGAGGGGGCAUGGCAGGAAGGCAUCUCAUAGACACCUCUUCAACUCACCAUGCCCCCAGUACAAUGCACCUCAAACUAGGCCAUCAGUCCAGAAGUUGGGGAGCAGAAUUUAUGGACCAGGAGGAAGAGGGUGGUGAUGACGCAGACGUAGAUUAUCAAAGUUGCAGCUGGGAAGAAGAAGUGGAUAUGGAGUGGGGAGCUCUGCAGUCAUUGCAACUGCAGCGGCAGCCGCAGCAACAGGUCGGACAUGAAACCAGGGACGUGCCUGAUAGCUCUGCGGCAUCACCGCUCCGUGUGCUCAGGCCUUUUAGACUGAGGCACUGGCGAAAGGACCGGACUCUGAGCCUGCGAUGCCACUUGGCCCGCCACUGGAAGACCUGGCGGCAGCGGGCCCAGAGGGUGGGAAUUUUGGUGCACAGGCUGCCAAGGAUGUUGCGCCAUUACAGAAUGUCUGGACGACGACAGCAUCAGAACCGCAAGCUUCGCGGCGCCCGGUCAGGAGAAGAACUUCUGAAAGGAGCGCCCAUUGCUCUGCAGAGGGGAGUCAAGACAGUUAAUGGCUUCCCUGGAGACUUCCGGAUUGGUCAAGUGCUUGGAAUUAGAGGAAACGACUCAAUCCCAGAAGCCUGUGCUGAUGGCCUUGCUGUCCCACGGGACAAUUCCAUAUCCAAGAGCAUACAGAAUGCCCUGACUGACGAACAGUUGACCUGUGUGCAAGGGAUACUGGACGAGUCCUUGCAGCAGUAUGGCAGUCUUAUCCCCAUCCAUGUAGAUGAGGUGGUGGAAAAGCUGCAGGACAUCUUCAGUGAAAGCUUCUCUCAGCCACACAGGAAGGCAGUGGUGCAGCACACAAUCCUUCAGCGGUUGUCAAGCACUGCCAUGGUGCGUGGGUUCCAUGUAAACUACAAGCGCCACGUCCUCACAAUGGACGAUCUCAGCACUCUUUAUGGACAGAACUGGCUCAAUGACCAGGUCAUGAAUAUGUAUGGGGAUCUGGUGAUGGACUCUGUGCCUGACAAGGUUCAUUUUUUCAAUAGCUUCUUUUAUGACAAAUUGAGGACAAAAGGUUACGAUGGGGUCAAACGUUGGACAAAAAACGUCAACAUCUUCCAGAAGGAUCUGUUGCUGAUUCCCAUUCAUUUAGAAGUGCACUGGUCACUGGUUUGCGUGGACAUCCCACACCGAGCUAUUACAUAUUUUGACUCCCAACGCACCCUCAACCGUCGCUGCCCCAAGCAUAUUGCAAAGUACCUCCAGGCUGAGGCUGUCAAGAAAGAGCAGCGAGACUUUCUUACAGGGUGGAAAGGCUUUUUCAAAAUGAAUGUAGCCAGGCAGAACAAUGACAGUGACUGUGGAGCUUUUGUUCUCCAGUUCUGCAAGUGCCUGGCAUUGGGGCAGCCAUUCAGCUUUGGCCAGCAAGACAUGCCCCAGCUGAGGAGACUUAUGUACAAAGAACUAUGUCGCUGCAAGCUGUCGCCGUGACAUCGGGCAAAUUAGUGGGGUAGUGCGAGAGAGGCCACCCACUUCUCUUCUUUCACCAUCCAGAACUCUUCAUGCAGUGGACAUUUUUUCUCCCCUUGUAAUUUAUCUUCCAGCUCUGCUUUUUUAUUUUGUGGGUUUUUUUUUUUUUGGACCAAUUCUGACUGAGGCCAGCUGGAGAAAGCAUAACAUAAUACACAUUUGGACUAUGGAUCUCUGUACUGACUGGCCAAAUGAAGGCAUGCUAGGACAGUAAUUGCCAAUUCUGUUUUCAUGGCCGUAACUGGUAAGCUGUGCUUAUUGAAAAAGUUAAGGAGGGGGAUGGUAAUUGUUAUUCUUUGAAUAAAUAAUGGACGGUGUCAGUUAUAGUAUAUAUUUUUAAACUAUGGUUACUGUGUUCUAGGUAUUAAUGUUGCUGGGGGUGGAUGGAUAUAGCUUAUUAUAGGGAUACUCAAACUUGGCCCUCAAGGUCAGCACCUCUGAUUUUCACUUCUGCCUGAUAGUCCACAGUUCAAUAAUGUCAGUGAUUGGCCAGAGAUAACACUCUUGGUGUGUCGGGUUUAAAUCAGUCCCUCGUUAGAGGGGAGGAAUGGAGACUGUGGGUCAAUUCAGUUGCUUGUUUUUCACCUCCUCCUUCCUUUCCUUGCCUCUUUUCCUUGCUCCUAGCUCCACCCAUCAGGGAGCCAUGGAAAGGAAGCCAGAAAAGGAGGUGAAGACAGAGGAAUCAAGAGCAUGAAUUGGCUAAAUGGAAUGUCCUUGCUCCUUCAUAUGUCAGUUUGAAGCAACGUCAGUUACAGACGUGGCAGAUGGGUGGCAGAUGGGGAGAGGUGGUUCCACAUCAUUUCACAAAGGAUGCAUUUGUGUUUUCCUGCUCAAGAAAUCUUGGGGGCCUCUUAGCUUCUGGCCUCUAGCUCCUUGAAGGAACAUAUAAAGGAUUGGAAUUUCCUUAAAGAUGGCAGACCAUGAUCGAUUUACAGGUCAUGCAAGUAACAAAGAGGAAGGAUGUGGCAGAUAAGCAAUUGGAAUGAGCCACAGCAAUACUACUGUACUUAUUGCCAGUGUGGUGUUUGAGUAUCUCUCACUUAAUGGAACAAAGUCAGCUGUUUUAUAUAUAAAAAAUUGCAUUGUGAUGUCAAUUACUAAAAUAAACUAAAGGUUGGGACAAGAAAAUAAUGAAAACAAAAACUUCUCUCACCUGGUGCAUUGAAAUCAUUCAUUGUAAAAUAGGGUAUUUGCAGUCCACUUGACCCACAUAAAUAUGUUUAAAGCCAGUGUACUCAUCAAGACAAAUAAUGUUCUUAGCUACUUUUUUUAGUAC